CUCAGCGGAGCUCCGAGCGGCUCCGUCCGCAGACAGAGCUAAUCACACACCGAGCUCACCGAGCGGCCGCGGCUGCAAACAGCGGAGAAACCGUGAAGAGCCGCCGGCUGACGGAGGAGCUGAAGGCGGCAGCGCACCGACGGGAUGGUCGGUUCAAAGUUAACGGAGUGAAGGCACCGCCCCGUUAGCUGAGACCCGACAGUCUGGCCGAGGUGUCCGGGGAAUCCCAGAGUGUAACAUAAAGACUAAAGUCUCCGUGAUGCUGCAGCUGCCCCUGGUGGUGACGGCUCAGGUGGACCUGCUUCUGCUGCUGGUCUCCCUGCUGUCCUUCUGGACCAGACUGAGUCACCUCAGCUACCCCAACGCUGUGGUGUUUGAUGAGGUGUAUUACGGUCAGUUUGUGUCUCUCUACAUGAAGAGAGUUUUCUUCAUUGAUGACAGCGGACCCCCGCUUGGUCACAUGAUCCUCGCCCUCGGAGCCUACCUGGGAGGAUUCGAUGGGAACUUUGUGUGGAACAGAAUCGGAGCAGAGUAUCCCAGCAGCGUGAGUGUGUGGAGUCUGCGGUUGCUGCCAGCUGUGUGUGGGGCUCUGUGUGUUCCUCUGGUUUACCUGUUGACUCUGGAGCUGCAGUUCUCUCACCUGUCGGCUCUUGGAGCUGCACUGCUGCUGCUGCUGGAGAACUCUCUGAUCGUCCAAUCACGUUUCAUGUUACUGGAGUCUGUUCUCAUCUUCUUCGUGUUGUUGGCCACCCUCUCCUACCUGCGUUUCCACAACGCUCCCAACAGCUCCUGGUUCAGGUACACCUGGCUGCUCCUGUCCGGAGCCUCCUGUGCUGCAGCCGUCGGGGUGAAGUACAUGGGUGUGUUCUCCUACCUGCUGCUGCUGGGCGUGGCCUCUCUGCACACCUGGAACCUGAUUGGAGACCGAACUGUCAGUCAUGUGAGUCCAAGUUCACACCGAGCGCCCUCCAAAGCCAGUGUUACAAAGCCUGUAUCAACUCGAUGUGUGUGUGUGUGUGUGUGUGUGUGUGUACAGCUCAGUGUGUGUGUGCAGUGUGUGUGUAGAUUUGUGUGUGUGCUGGUGGUUCCUGUCCUGCUCUAUGUGUUCUGGUUCUAUGUUCACCUGAGUAUCCUGAACCGGAGCGGACCACAUGACCAACUGAUGAGCUCCGCCUUCCAGGCUAGUCUGCAGGGCGGUCUCUCGCGGAUCACUCAGGGUCAGCCUCUGGAAGUUGCCUAUGGCAGUCAGGUGACUUUAAGAAGCCCCGCCUCCCAGCCAAUCCCCUGCUGGCUCCAUUCACACAAAGCUUUCUACCCAAUCAGGUAUGAAAAUGGGCGGGGCAGCUCUCACCAGCAGCAGGUCACCUGUUAUCCCUUCAAAGAUGUCAACAACUGGUGGAUCAUCAAAGACCCUGGCAGACAAGACCUGGUGGUUGGGAGUCCUCCUCGACCUGUCCGUCAUGGUGAUGUCAUCCAGCUGGUUCAUGGGAUGACCUCGCGCUUCCUCAACAGCCAUGAUGUAGCAGCUCCCAUGAGUCCUCACGCUCAGGAAGUCUCAGGUUACAUCGACUUCAACGUUUCCAUGCCGGCGCAGAACCUGUGGAGAGUGGAUAUCUCUAACAGGGAGGCGGAGUCAGAGGUGUGGAAGACGAUCCUUUCUGAGAUUCGAUUGGUCCAUGUCAACACAUCAGCUGUCCUCAAGCUGAGUGGUGUGUCUCUUCCAGACUGGGGUUUCCAUCAGUUGGAGGUCGUAGCAGAGAAACUGUAUAAAGUUCACAGCAGCAGUUUGGGAUGGACGGUGGAGGAACACCGAUAUGGAACCAGCCAGGAGCAGAAGGAGAGGGAGGCGGAGCUUCAUUCUCCAACUCAUAUCGAUGUGGACAGAAAAAUGUCCUUCUGGGCGAAAUUUUUCGAACUACAGGGUAAGAUGCUGACAGUGAAACAGGAAGACUCUGAACACAAAUACAGCUCCUCCCCCUUAGAGUGGAUCACCAUGGAAACCAACAUCGCAUACUGGCUGCACUCCUCCACCAACGCUCAGAUCCAUCUGAUUGGUAACCCAGUGUCAUGGGGCGUGGCCAACCUCACCCUGCUGGCCUAUCAGCUGCUGGCAGCCAUCUACCUGCUGAGGAGGAGGCGGGGCUACAAAGACCUACCUGAUGGUGUGUGGUGUCAGUUUGUGCGUCUGGGCUGUGUGUGUGUCGGUGGCUGGUUGGUGAACUUUGUUCCCUUCCUGCUGAUGGAGAAGACUCUCUUCCUGUAUCACUACCUGCCCGCCCUCUGCUUCCUGUACUUGUUGAGCCCUGCCCUGGUGGAGCACACACACACUCACCUGCUCAGCAGUGUCACACACCGGCGGGCGCUGUGUGUGUGUGUGUCGGCUGUGUUGUUGUCGGUCGUCCUGUCCUAUCAAACCUUCUGCCCUCUGACCUAUGGAAGACCCGAGCUCUCAACCAAUCAGCUGCAAGGACUCAAGUGGAGAGACACCUGGGACAUCCUCUACCGCCGCCGCUAGGGACACUGAGACAGAGACAGGCGGACAGACAGGUGUCUCCCGGUUGUCACAGUGAGCUGAGGAGAAGCUCCUGAAUGUGCCGUUAGGUGUGUCUCUGUGAGGUCAUAUUGGAGGUGGAGCUUCAGUCCUCUGACCUCAGUGUGAGCCCCACCCCCCAAUGGUAUAGACGUGAUGAUUGACAGGUGACAGAAACCUGAAUGAGUCAAUGUGAAUUUUCAGUGUAAAAGUACAAAAUAAAAUGUAAUGACCAUU